AUGGCGGAUAGCGACUCGAGUGAUUCUGAGAUAUACGAUUUUCAACCGGAUUUCUUGGAUUCUAGCGACAAUAGUGAUGAGGAAUUUGAGGGAUUUGAUCCAGUAGACAUUAGAAGAAAUAGAGGUGUUAUAGUUGAGUUACCAUUGCUGGAUUUUGCGCCUGAAAUCGACGAUCAGUUUGAUGUUGACCUUGACCAUGGGUGGAGCCAAAUGGAUGACGUCGCAUUCAGAGCACCUUUCACUGGGGAAUCCCGACUCAAUGUAGCUUUGGACUCAUGUGAUCCUAUAGACUUUUUUAAGCUAUUUGUUGACAAUGAACUUAUCGAAAAGUUGACGACAGAGACCAACGUCUAUGCGGCUAACAAGAUAAGGAUUCUGGAAGCAGGAAACGCACUGAAACCAAACAGUCGUUUGAGAAAAUGGUCGCCCGUUUCGGUGGAGGAAAUGAAGGUGUUUCUUGCUGUCGUAAUCAAUAUGGGACUUGUUUUCAAGUCGGAAAUCGAGUCCUACUGGUCAACAGACCCAUCCACAGAGAUCCCUUUCUUUGGGAAGACCAUGACACGAGACAGGUUCCUAAUCAUUCUGAGUAACUUCCAUGUGACGAAUGAGCUUGAUAACCGGGAUCCAUUGACCAGACUGCGCCCACUAAUCACGCAUGCCAUGGCCAGGUUCUCCGAGGUCUACACGCCAGAACAGAACCUGAGCUUUGACGAAGGAACAUGUCCCUGGAAAGGUCGGUUGAAGAUUAAAGUCUACAAUCCAGCAAAGCCACAGAAAUUCGGCAUCAAACUCUUCCAGCUGUGUGAGGCUAGCAGUGGCUAUUGUUUGGGGUUUGAUGUUUAUGCAGGAAAACGGAAUGAGGACACCACCAACUACUGUGAGGCUGUAGGGGUUGAUCCGGAAAACCUGACACUCACUUCCCAGGUGGUCGUAGGACUAAUGGCUAGGUGUGGAGUGUUGUCCAAAGGACACCAUGUAUAUAUGGACAACUAUUAUACAAGUCCAGAACUAUUUUCAGAACUAGAUGUGCUCAAUACAUACGCUUGUGGGACACUUCGUGUGAAUAGAAUCGGUACGCCGAAAGCCAUUCAGCUGAAGCGGAAGCUGAACGAGGGUGAAUGCAUCUACAGAACUGGCAACAACAUGCUUGCCAUGAAGUUCAAGGACAAACGGGACGUCCAUAUGCUGUCAACCAUCCACAACCCAAUGAUGAGUGUCCUGUGGAAGAAGAAGCAUGGCACAGACAUCAAUGUUCGGAAGCCCUCGGCCAUAGUUGACUAUUGUAAACAUAUGGGAGGCGUUGAUCUACUAGACCAAUUUGGCCAGUACAACACUGUGGCAAGGAAAACAAAAAAGUGGUGGAGAAAGCUGUUUUUUCACAUAAUGAACAUAUGUAUUGUAAAUGCCUACAGAUUGUAUGAGAAGUAUUCCACAAACUUCCCGAAGAAGGACCAUGAGGGGUUUCGGAAGUCCGUAGUAGAGGCCCUGAUUGAGGAAGGUGGCGGACCUCGUGGACAGUCUGUUCGGCGAGGAAGACCAAGCCUUGGGGAAAAGCCUGCUCGCCUUACAGGAAGGCACUUUCCUGACAGCAUCCCAGCAAAACCAGGGGCAAAGCGUGCCAAGCCAUGCCGGGACUGUGUUGCUUGCAACGACAAGCCAGGAAAUCGUGAAGGACACAAAAGGAAGCAGACAGCAUUCUGGUGUCCAGACUGCCAGGUAGCUCUGUGUAACCCCUAUUGUUUUAGGAUCUAUCACACACACCAGGACUAUAAGACCAUCUUGAAUAAUGUGUGA